AUGGCUGGUGCAGCAGAUAAGAAACAAGCAGUUUCAAAUGUCAAGAUCUUGAAGGAAAUACAUUUACUGACGUUUUCAAUCCAAGCAAUCUCCAUAGUUUUGGUCUGGUACUUCCAUCGCCCACAGUCGAGAUGGCAGUCUCUGGUUUUCAGUUCUCCAUCGUGGUUGUGUCAGUACGUUUUGGAAACAACCGGUAGGCCCAAAUUUGCCACUAAAGAUGGCAGAGAGACCUUGGUUUCUGCUGGACAGGACUUGAAACAAAGUGGACUUGUGGAGUACAUGUUCGACAUCAUUUACAUGACCCUGAUAUGCCAUAUUUUGAUGUGGGUGUUUGGAUCCAACAAAGUCUGGCUUUUGUAUCUGGCUGUACGUGCUUCUUUUUUGAUGAUUCCUGUGAAUCUUUUUAUUAACUCAUUCAGAUCCCCGGGUACGCUGGUUACAAAGCGUGGACUCUAG